UUGUCAAUCUGACACGUAAAUGUUGGAACUUCCUGAAAAGAUUAGUGAUUAUUUGGCGCCCUUGGUCAGACAUGGAAGGCGGUCUUGGCAGCCAAAGAUAUGGAAAGAUUAUUUUCCUAGUCCUCACAGUUUUUAGUGUUUGGUCAGCAGCACAAUCAAGCAAGUGCAGAGGCAACGUUUGUUACAUUGAGGACCCUAGUUUCACAGACUUUCAGAGUGCAAGGCAGAGAUGCCAGUCAUUUGGAGGCGAUGUGGUUAUGGUUGACACACUUGAAGAGAGAAGAUUACUGACUGAAAUAUGUCUUCGUAGUAACUAUACUGCACCGUAUCUACUGAUGGGAGCAACUUACAGUUCAGAACAAUGGGUGUGGUUUACUGGAGAAGCAGUCAGUCCAGCAGUCAUGUCUUGGGCAGUUGGGCAGCCUGAAGAUCCUUCUACACAGCCAUAUCUGUGUAUUGAUUCCACAACUGGUAUUUGGCAUGAUUGUGCAAGUGAUUUAGAGGGAGUUUUGUGUGAGACCAAACGCUCAUCAUUAUGUCUAGGACUGGGCUGCUGCUCUGGCCAAAAUAAUUCCUGUUAUGUAAACUUACCUAUACUUGGCAGCUGCUAUUGUGAUGAACAUUGCUUAAGAGCAAAUGAUUGCUGUGAAGACUACGUGGACACCUGUGUAGUGAUUGAUGAGUGCUUUGCUUACACAACUGUUACUGGUGAAAUAUCAAGAAGUUCAAUGUACCACAAGAAUUCUGUUCAAGCAGUAGCAUGUGAUGAUGAAAUAGACCACGGCUGGUUUAGAUUUGACAUGAUAACUGGGAAUGAUAUGCCUGUGACCUGCCAUUUUGAAGGUGACUGUGGUACAGAUAAUCCCAUAUGGCUUAAUGGUUCCUUACCCUCUGCUGCUGAUGGUGUCAUCAACAGAACCGCAUGUGUAAAGAAUUCCACAGUUUGCUGUGCCAAGACGUAUGACAUACAGAUUAAGAACUGUUCUACAUACAAUGUGUAUCAUCUGCCACCUGUGACUCAGUGUCCUGAGCGUUACUGUAUAGGUGAUAAGGCACUCUGUCCUCCAGGAACUGUCUCAGAAGAUGGAUUUGAACCAGGUUGCUCAGAUAACUUCCCAAAUAUAACGCAGCAACCAGACAUUCAAGUGGAUGAAAGAGUUGUACGCUAUACUUUGGGAAAUAUACCAAAAAAAGAGCUUAUGUUCACCUGCCUGCCCUACUAUGAUGAAGUUCCUCCAGAGCGGCUGUCUCAGCUUGUCUUUGAUGUGGAAUGGUACAUUGAUUCACAACUUGUCCAUGAGGAGGACAGCGUCAAUGUUACUGAUUUGCCUGCUCAGCUCAGAGAAAGUGUCUGGCUGAGCAAAUCAAUUACUCUUGGUUUUCAGGUAAAAUGCAGAGUAAAGGGAAAGUAUGUACAAGAUGGACAACAAGUUGGUGCCAGAAGUUUAGCUGUUGAAAGUCCAGAGUUUUUUGCAGGAAUAAAGGUGCUGAAUUCAAGUGACUUUCCAAUUAGAAUGAAAGAAAAUGAUCCCAAUCCUGCCAUUAUAGCUUUUCAACCAACAGUGCCAAUCCUGUGCACAGACAGUCCAUCGCAUGGCUUGUUUUGCGAAGACAUCUUCCUCCAAGUGGAAGUCCGCAUUCCACAACAAUGGAAACAAGCACUGUGUCCAUCAGAGGGUGGAGUUAGUCAAAUACAACAAGUGGUGGUGGAGGCAUGUGGCAUAGAGAUAAAUGCUAAGUACUGGAAUAAAACUGUCACCUUGAAAAUAGCCCCAGUCAUAGAUGGAAUAUAUGAUGGAAACCAAAUCACCAAAGUGUUGCUGUCAACAGCUGAGUUCAAUGAUCAUCAAGCCUGGAGCAACUACAGACUACCAGAUAUACCAGUAUUGGUGGUUGAUGCAGACAUAGCUUUACAAGGACAUGUUUGUAUGGCAAACAGUGACCCACACAUGGUGACCUUUGAUGGAGUUGGGUAUGAAUGCCAGCUUCCAGGAGAAUUCAUACUGUAUAAACACCAAACUUUACCAAUCCAGGUGCAUGGUUUCUUCAAAAAGUGUAAUCAUGGAUGGGCUUUUUGUCCUUGUGCUGUCACAGUCAUGUCUGGGGGCGAUCUAUUUAUAUUUGACAGAUGCAGAUCUGGAACAGGGUCUGAAACAACUAAGGACAUUAAAAAACCAAUGCGUUCAGGACUUCUUGGUUGUGAACAUGGACAAAUGAGAGUAGAGUCUUUUAAUAAUGCAAAAGACUACAAGAUAUAUUUGCCAACAGGAGGUUAUGUAUAUGCCAGGUCAUAUUAUUACAUAGAUGACUAUUACAUGAAUAUCCACGUACACCCAGGGUCUAGGGAUGUAGAAUCUACUGUGGGACUCUGUGGAACUCUAAAUGGAAUCAAAAAUGAUGAUUUUCUACGACCUGAUGGUACAGUAGACUCUUUCUCCUGGCAUCCCAAUGAAUUCUCACUGUCAUGGAGAGUGUCAAAUGCCUCGGAUUCAAUGUAUAAUGGCAUCCCAGCAUCUGCCAAUGUGGCUUCCAUUCAAGGAGAGUAUUGCAGAUGCCCCAACAUGGGUGACCAGAUUGUGUUUAACAGUACCGUUCCUGUGGACUGUAGCUACACCGAGAAUGUGGCAAAGUGUGCUUCAGACAACAGUUACUCAGAGAAACAACUAGCAAAAUGUCGAAGAAGAAGGGCAGCUGCUGGUCAUGAUGAAAUAUUCGAGAUACGUAAAUUUGAAUAUAACCCAGAUGACAGAUUAGAGGCACCAACAUGGCAGAAUGGUUGGUCAGAAGUGAAGGCGGAGGCGUUCUGCAGUAAUUAUAUAUAUAACAGCAGUGCUGGGAAAGCCUGUCAGGCAGUCGAGAGUGUGGAUUACGAAGUAGCUCUCCGAGGAUGCAAGGAUGACAUACAUUUAACAGGAGGCACUGCCUGGGCCCUUGCAGCACUGGAUCCUAUCAAGGGAAUGUGUGUGGGAGAAUUGGCCAAAAAUGAGAGCUACUGGGUAGUUGACAACUCUACAGGAGAGGUUGCACUUCCUGCAGAGUUAGAUGUCAUCAAGUGCCCUAAUGAUUGCAGCUACAAUGGAGAAUGUAUUAAUAAUAAUGGUACUAGUAGCUGUGAAUGCUACCCAGGGUUUGUGUCAAGUGAUUGUUCUAUCAGCAGGGAUACUAUUCCUGACUUAUUUUAUAUGCCAACAAAUGGGCUUUGUGACAUUUCUCAGCGUCCAUGUCUUGAAACUCCAGUUUAUGGAGGCCCAUUUGUACAGUCAUCCAACCUGUCUUGUAAAACGGAACAUUUCACGGCAUCUGAUGUGAUAACUGAAUAUAAUGAAGCAGAGUUCGUACAUGAAGAAGAGGUGAUCUGCCCAUUUCCAAAAUUGCGUCAGAAGAGGAGUGAUAUCAUUAGUGAGGAAGUGAUAAAGAUUUACAAUAUCAGCAUCAGUAAUGAUGGUACCAACUACAGUCAACCUCUGAAAGUGGCUGUGUAUGACUCUAAAUGCUACAAAUGUGAUGGGCCAUCACAAUGCCAAUUAAAGAAUGGUACUUGCAGCAUAAAUGGCAAAUGCUUUAAUAAGGAGGAACAAAACCCCAGUGAUGCCUGCCAAAUCUGUAAUCCUAAUGUUACUACUAGUGAUUGGUAUCAUCGGCCCAGUACCUGCACCAUUGACAAUCAGUGUUACACAGAUGGUCAAGAAAGGACAGGGUCUUUUUGCCAUGUUUGUUCAUCAGAUAAGAACAGGAAUUCUUGGGAAAUUAAGAAUGGAACAUGCAGAAUUGAAGAAAUGUGUUAUAAGGAAAAUGACACAAAUCCUGAUGACCCUUGUCAGAUUUGCAUCCCAUCAUGGAACAAAACUGCUUGGUAUACACAGAACAGUGCAUGUAGAAUAAAUGGGACAUGUUAUCACGAGGGAGAUGCACUGGAAGGAAAUUCAUGUAAAGUUUGCAACCCAGCUGUCAACAUCACAGAUUGGGUGCUCCUGAAUGAAACAUGCUUUGUGAACUAUACUUGCUAUAACAGUAGUGACAGAAAUCCUACAGAACCCUGUCAGUUGUGUGACCCUAAGUACAGCACAGAGACAUGGUUUGAUCUGAAUGGUACCUGCAGUAUAAAUGGUUCAUGCUACAAUGAAACCCAGCGGAAUCCAGCAAGGCCAUGCCAGAUUUGUGAUCCAGGUGUUUCAGAGACAAAUUGGACAGAGCUGAGUGGACAUUGUGAAAUUGAGGGGAGCUGUAUUAGCAGCCAAGAAUCAAGAAGAGGUCAUGGGUGUCACAUUUGUACUCCCAGCACUUCUAAAACCUCUUGGACAAUCAAGAAUGGUACCUGCAGUAUAAAUGGUUCAUGCUACAAUGAAACCCAGCAGAAUCCAGCAAGGCCAUGCCAGAUAUGUGAUCCUGUAGUGUCAAUCACACAGUGGACAGAUCUGAAUCAAACUUGUGAACUUGAUGGGAAAUGCAUCAGCAACCUUGAAUCAAGAAAUGGUCAUGUGUGUCACAUUUGUUCUCCUAGCACCUCUAGAACCUCUUGGACAAUCAAGAAUGGUACCUGCAGAAUAAAUGGUUUAUGCUACAAUGAAACCCAGCAGAAUCCAGCAAGGCUGUGCCAGAUUUGUGAUCCCAGCAUUUCACAGACACUGUGGACAAUUUUGAAUGGUACCUGCAGUAUAAAUGGUUCAUGCUACAGUGAAACCCAGCAGAAUCCAGCAAGGCUGUGCCAGAUUUGUGAUCCUGGAGUGUCAAAUACACAGUGGACAGAUCUGAGUGAAAAUUGUGAAAUUGAGGGGAUCUGUAUUGGCAACCUGGAAUCAAGAAGAAGUCAUGUGUGUCACGUUUGUUCCUCCAGCAAUUCAAGAACCGCUUGGACAAUCAAGAAUGGCACCUGCAGUAUAAAUGGUUCAUGCUACAAUGAAACCCAGCAGAAUCCAACAAAGCCAUGCCAGAUAUGUGAUCCCAGAGUGUCAAAUACACAGUGGACAGAUCUGAAUGAAAAUUGUGAAAUUGAAGGGAUCUGUAUUGGCAACCUAGAAUCAAGAAGAGGUCAUGUGUGUCAUGUUUGUUCCUCCAGCAAUUCUAGAACUGCUUGGACAAUCAAGAAUGGCACCUGUAGUAUAAAUGGUUCAUGCUACAAUGAAACCCAGCAGAAUCCAGAAAAGCCAUGCCAGAUUUGUGAUCCCAGCAUUUCACAGACAAUGUGGACAAUUUUGAAUAACACCUGCAUGAUAGAUGGUGUAUGUUACAGUACAUGUCAAGUGAACCCAGGGGACAAUACAACAGUCUGUUAUGCCAAUACCACAGCAUACAACUGGACUUCAGCAGAAGCAUGUAACAAAAUGGUUGAUACUGGUAGUACAGUUAAGGCAGUGUCAGAUGCCAACAUGGCAGUUAUCUUAGGAGGUGUGCUGGGGAGCAUAUCGUUUAUUGCUGUGACUCUAAUAGCGGUUGCAGCAAUUAUACAUGUCCUACAUUGGAAAUCUAAGCAAAAGAAAAGGAAAAACCAAUAUUUGGAAUCCAAUUUGGCACCCAGACUGAGUAAAACAUCCCAUUUAGGCUAUGUCUGUGCCCAGAACACAGAUGUGCUAAGAGGAGACAGAUACAUUAGUAAUCCAACUGCUAUUGGCAGAGACAACCAGGGAUACCAGAGCUCUACAGAAAGAUAUGACAGAGGCUCCAAAUACCAACAGAACAACAGACAUCAACCAGCCUAUAAGAUAGGACGACAGAUAUAUAUACCUCCACCAGAUUAUUGA